AGAUUAUGUCUUCACUAGUAUCUUUACAUUAGAAAUUAUUCUUAAGAUGACUGCUUAUGGGGCUUUCCUUCACAAAGGCUCCUUCUGCAGGAACUACUUCAACAUCCUGGACCUGCUGGUGGUUAGCGUUUCUCUCAUCUCCUUCGGGAUCCAGUCCAGCGCAAUCAAUGUAGUGAAGAUAUUACGUGUUUUGAGAGUCCUCAGACCACUGCGGGCAAUCAACAGAGCGAAGGGUUUAAAGCACGUGGUUCAAUGCGUAUUUGUAGCAAUACGAACCAUAGGGAAUAUCGUGAUCGUGACCACCUUGUUGCAGUUCAUGUUUGCCUGCAUUGGGGUUCAGUUGUUCAAGGGCAAACUGUACAGCUGCACUGAUAGCUCCAAGCAAACAGAAGCAGAAUGCAAGGGCAAUUUUAUCACUUACAAGGAAGGAGAAGUGUCUCAACCAAUCAUCCAGGCCCGAAGCUGGGAGAAUAGCAAAUUUGAUUUUGACAAUGUCCUAACAGCUAUGAUGGCCCUUUUCACUGUUUCAACCUUUGAAGGCUGGCCAGAACUGCUGUAUCGAUCUAUCGAUUCCCAUAUGGAAGAUGUGGGGCCCAUCUAUAACCACAGGGUGGAGAUCUCAAUUUUCUUCAUUAUUUAUAUCAUCAUCAUUGCUUUCUUCAUGAUGAACAUCUUUGUUGGUUUCGUGAUCGUCACAUUUCAAGAGCAAGGAGAACAGGAAUAUAAGAACUGUGAGCUUGACAAGAACCAGCGUCAAUGUGUAGAAUACGCCCUGAAGGCCCGGCCCCUGCGAAGAUAUAUCCCCAAAAACCAGUACCAAUAUAAAGUCUGGUACGUGGUGAACUCCACCUAUUUUGAAUACCUGAUGUUCGUCCUCAUCUUGCUGAACACCAUCUGCCUGGCCAUGCAGAACACAGAGGACAACUCUCGCAUCUCAAUCACCUUUUUCCGACUCUUCCGUGUGAUGCGUCUGGUGAAGCUCUUGAGUCGAGGGGAGGGCAUCCGCACGCUGCUCUGGACGUUCAUCAAGUCUUUCCAGGCUCUCCCCUACGUGGCUCUAUUAAUAGUGAUGCUGUUUUUUAUCUAUGCCGUGAUUGGGAUGCAGGUGUUUGGUAAAAUUGCACUAAAUGAUACUACAGAAAUCAAUCGGAACAACAAUUUUCAAACAUUUCCUCAGGCUGUGCUCCUGCUUUUCAGAUGUGCUACUGGUGAAGCUUGGCAGGAAAUCAUGCUGGCAUGCCUACCUGAUAAGAAGUGUGACCCUGACUCUGUGGAACCAAACAGUACUACUGAAGGUGAACAUCCCUGCGGGAGCAGCUUUGCUGUAUUUUAUUUCAUCAGUUUCUACAUGCUUUGUGCCUUUCUAAUCAUUAACCUUUUUGUUGCCGUUAUCAUGGAUAAUUUUGAUUACCUAACCCGUGAUUGGUCCAUUCUGGGUCCCCAUCAUCUGGAUGAGUUUAAACGGAUUUGGGCAGAGUAUGAUCCUGAAGCCAAAGGACGUAUCAAACAUCUAGAUGUUGUAACACUCCUGCGUCGGAUACAACCUCCUCUGGGUUUUGGAAAGCUCUGUCCUCACAGGGUAGCUUGCAAGCGUCUUGUCUCUAUGAAUAUGCCAUUAAAUAGUGAUGGAACUGUUAUGUUUAAUGCAACCUUAUUUGCACUAGUAAGAACAGCACUGAGAAUCAAAACAGAAGGUAAUUUGGAACAAGCCAACGAGGAGUUGCGUGCAAUCAUUAAGAAAAUCUGGAAACGCACUAGCAUGAAGUUGUUGGAUCAGGUUGUACCCCCAGCAGGGGAUGAUGAAGUUACAGUUGGAAAAUUCUAUGCCACAUUCCUGAUUCAAGAGUAUUUCCGGAAAUUCAAAAAACGCAAAGAACAGGGUCUCGUGGGCAAACCUUCACAACGUAAUGCUCUUUCGCUACAGGCUGGUCUGCGCACAUUACAUGACAUUGGACCAGAGAUUCGAAGGGCAAUAUCUGGAGACUUAACAGCAGAAGAGGAAUUAGACAAGGCUAUGAAAGAGGCUGUUUCUGCUGCUUCUGAAGAUGAUAUUUUCAGGAGAGCUGGUGGCUUGUUUGGAAAUCAUGUCAGCUAUUACCAAAGUGAUGGCAGGAGCUCAUUCCCUCAGACAUUCACUACUCAGCGCCCUUUGCACAUCAACAAAUCUAGCAACAACCAAGGAGACACUGAAUCCCCAUCCCAUGAGAAGCUUGUCGAUUCCACCUUCACGCCAAGUAGUUACUCCUCAUCAGGUUCCAAUGCUAACAUCAAUAAUGCCAACAAUACUGCCUUGAGACGCUUUUCUAAUCCACCAAGCUAUUCCAGCACCGUCAGCACCGUGGAUAGCUACAGCACCCCUUCCUCCGCCACUGUACGGAUCCAGGAAGUUCCUUGGAAGUUCCGUUGCAGAAGAUCCUAUUCCAGAGACAGCCAAGUAGCAAUUGUUAGUGAAGAGGAAGCUCCUCAGGAGGAAGAAACAUAUAGUGAGCAAUUAAAUGAAGAAACUGAAUAUUGUAGUGAACCAAAUUUGUUAUCACCUGAAAUGUUAUCAUACCAAGAUGAUGAACACAGACAGCUAACUCUCCCAGAAAGCAAAGAAGAUAUCCAGCCAUCUCCAAAGAUUGGAUUUCUACAUUCCUCAUCACUAAGUCGAAGAGCAUCCUUUCAUCUGGAGUGUCUAAAGAGACAGAAAAAUCAGACUGCAGGUGUCCCCCAAAAAACAAUAUUACCUUUGCAUCUAGUACAUCGCCAGGCACUAGCAGUUGCAAGUCGGAGUCCUCUUCAAAGUAUUCAUUCAUCAAUUAGAUCUUCUCGACCCUGUUCCACAUCCUCUGCAACACAUUGUAUGCAAGACUGGCCACAGCAACAUGAUAAAGGAUUGUGGCUUGAUGAGGAGGAAUCCAAUGAGAAACUCAAUAAUAGUUUCCCAUCAUUAUACUGCAGUUCCUCAUAUUGUGAUAGCACCAGCUCUAGCAUCACCCGAAAAGCCAGGCCAGUCUCCCUUAUAAUCCCCAGUCAGACAAGAGAGUGUGGCAGGCAAUUCCAUGGUAGUGCCAACAGCCUUGUUGAAGCGGUCUUGAUUUCGGAAGGACUGAUGCAGUUUGCUCAAGAUCCAAAGUUCAUUGAGGUUACCACCCAAGAACUAGCUGAUGCCUGUGACUUGACAAUAGAAGAGAUGGAGAAUGCUGCGGACAACAUUCUCAAUGGUAACAGCAAACCAAGCCCCAAUGGCAACCUCUUGCCUUUUGUUAACUGCAGGGACCCAGGGCAGGACUGUAUGGGCAAAGAAGCAGAAGCAGCCCAAAACCCAGAUUCUAGGAAAAGUCAAGAGGAAUCUAAGGAUACCAGGAUUUAUAUCAGCAGCCUGUAGUUGCUGAAGCUGAAAGUGAUGCUGGUUUUUUAAUUUGUUUCAAUGUUCCUAAUGGGUUUGUUUCAGAAGUGCCUCACUGUUCUCGUGACCAGGAGUAACCAGAACAGCAUUCUUCAUUUAUUUCUGUCGGGAAUUGCAGAGUUGGGUGGUGUAAAAGAGCUUUUCAGGAGUGAAUAUAGAACCCCAGCAUGUGUCCGUGAAGGAGGAAUCAGGAGAAGUAAAAGGCAGUGUCAGCUCCCUUCUUUUUUCAGUCCCUGCACAAGGAACAACAGCUGCUUCCUGAGUGUGAAGGAAAACCUCAACUUCCUGUGGAUGGCCGUAGCCAAAAGGACACUGUAUCAAGCGGGUGUCUUUCAAUUCUGCUUGUACAAAAAGGAAUCAUUUUGCACAUGUUCUGUAUGAGCCUCACUGUCUCCAUAAAGCCAAGACCCUUCUGAUCUACAAGUGGAAUAGACUUCUGCAACAGAUCCCACACAUUGCUGAGAAGGAAGCAGAAGUUGCAAGAUAGGAGAUGCAGGUGGCAAUAUUGCAGAUGUUUCUUGAUGGAAAUGCAGACUCCCAGGCAGUCUUUUCUGCCAACCAAUCAGAGCUCAGGCAGUCAUCUCUGCCAAAUUGAGUUCAAGACAGUUAGCUGUGCCAACGGCUCCAAGAGCAUGAAGCCAGCUCUGUCAAAAGGAGUUCAGGCAACCCGCCCAUUUCUAAGAGAGGUGGUGGUGGGCUUAUGUAGAUCUCUCCUUGUUCUUGCUAUUUAAUAUUUUCUUGAAAGCAUGUUCCAAUUUUUAUUUUUGGAUACUUUAUUUUAUUGUAUUUUAUUUUUUAAGGGAGAGGGAUGGAGUGUUUACAGAGUUUGUAAUCACCUGCCUUUUUGUUUUACACCUUCACAAAUAUUUAACAUUGAUUUAUUUUUAUUUUUGUUUUCCUCCACUGACAUUUGGUAGAAGCUAAUGAUAUUAGGAGUUUUGCCAAUCAUAAUGUAUACCAGACUUUGUAAUUUUAUUUGAAGUAAUGAAAAUUUCCUUUUUUGUUGUUGUUUUAUAAUUUAAAGAUAGUAGGCAAUGCACUUGAUAUAAUCUUGCACAUAUGAAUGAUUGAUUUGGAUUCUUUAUAGUACUAGGUAUAUUUGCAAUGUGUGAACGAAUGAGCAGGACUGGGUGAAUGAAUGAGCAAGUGAAUACACACCUGAAAGUGUGCAACUUGAUACAGUUCUCCAUUUCCUGGUUAUAACUGAAGGAGAGCUUUAUCUGGGGUGAUUUGAGUGCAAAAAUAAAUCACUGUCUCUGCUUUUGAAAGGGGAAUCAGUAACUCUUUGCAUUUUCUGUUCCACAAGAUAUGCAAAAACAAUGCAAUAAUAUUAAUUUUGAAUAAAAUGUGUGAAUUGUGCUGGCAUUAAAUCUGUAUAGAAAAACAAAACAAGGGGAUUAAAAACAAACAAAAACAACCAAGUGAGAAGGAGUUAUAUUUCAAUAUAUUCCGUGUGAUGUUUUAUUGCAUUGAUAAUGUUUCUGUUGAAGAAACCGUAAUACUUGAAUUCAGGUCAGUUUCAGUAUUUUUCAACAAUUUUUUUAAACUGAAUAGCAAUUGUGCCAAGCAAAUAUAAUGAAUUAAGUUUGUUUAAGGGAAAAAAAUAACAAUUCUUGUAUAUUUUGCUGCAUGUAAAGUAAAUCAUUUCGUAUUUGGAGUGUGCCAAGCUUUAUCUUUGAACUUUAAGUGCUUUUCUACAUGUGGUUGGGGGAAAGGGUAUACUAUUUUUUUUUUCAUUUUUUAAUUUGUAUAAUGAACAAAGUGUACCUAGUGCUAAGUAAUUAUCCUGCAACCCACUGACAGGUUGAACAUUAACUGAUUUUGCAUAUCUUGUGUUCAUUUUCCUUAUUCUGCACUUUCUUAAACAUGCAUAAUGAAUUGGGAAGACUAUCUUGCAUUUUGAAGCUAUGGAUUCUUAUCCAGCUUUCUUCUUUUGCAUAGUUUCUCUCAGUAAUUCUCCUAAUUUAAAAGGUGAAUAAUUCCAUAUGCUAGGAUAAUCAAAUAUAUCCAAUCCUGUAAACUGAGCUGGCAUCAGCAACCUGGGACGGGAAUAUCUUAUUUUUAUUAUAUGCCUCAAAUAUUACAGAGAUUCUUAUUAUGACAUCAAAUAAUGAUCAUUAGCAGUCGGUUGAAUAUUUUCUAUACAUUCACUAGGACAUAGUAUACCUUUAACCAAAUUUGUAUGUGUAGAGAAGCUUCAUUUGUGUACUUCAGAAGACUAGUUAAAUAUUUUUCAUGGUAAAAUAAAAGGGAAAGAAACAUAUUAAGGAAAAUAAGAAUGUAAGAGUUAUUGCAACACAUGGCCAAUAUAUAACAGGGAUAAGCUGCACAACUAUAAAAUGAAGAAUAACAUAAUAAUAGUAAUAUGCCAAGAAGUAUUUAGAGAUUAUGAUUAAAAGUCUGAUAUAGGUCAAAAAUCUCAUAAUGCAUACAUAAAAAAGAAUUUUAUAUUGUAUGAUAUUAACUGAUUAAAAAAACAUAGAAUGUAAUUAUAAUCUUCCAGAAUUCAUAAUUCAUAAAAUUACAAAGAACAAAUAUGGAAAGGCGUGAUAUGGUAGCAUACUAAAAGAAGAUAGAAAGAGAUGUUGAACCCUUUCAAAUAUUUAAAAACAGAUCGCAGUUGCUUCUGUAGCCUCAGUUCAUUCAUAUAUGCAGUAAUGUAGUACUUGGAAAUGUUUGAUCAUAUCUAUUACCACCUACCUCCUGAUCAUAAGGAAAGCAUUUUGGCAUAAUUCAACAGCAACCACUUGUUUGAGCAUUAGUAGAAUCAUCUGAGUAGUUGGUUUAAUAUUGUAAUUAUAUGAUGCUCAGGAUGAAAACUAUAGAAAUAGUUUGCAAUUCAACAUCUGGAAACUCUUCUGCAGGCCCACAUGCUCAACAUAAUAUAAUCCUCUAUAACACACAGGUCUCAAAAGAGGUGGGGGUACAAGCAUCAUGAUGUACAGUGUAUUCAUUGAUGGGGAGAACAUAUAUAAAUCACAGGCCAAAGGCAAUUUGAUGUAAAUAUUUCAAAGAAAGUUUCUAACAGAAGCAACUUUCCUUCACAGAAAAUGAGUAGUUUUUAGAGAUGCUACUCAAAGGAAAUGUUAUUUUCAAGAAACAAAGGUCAGAAACUAUCCUACCUGUAGGAAUCCAACCUUUUAAUAAUCGUUGAUUCUCUGAAUACUGAAAUCAGAUUUCUUCCAAAUCAAGUAAAAUCUACUCUAGAGUGCUGUUUAUACACCAUAUAGUUAUACAUUAUACACCCUUCAGAAUUAUAAAGUUGAACAUCUAAAUCAUUAUUUAUAAACUUUGAUUAAUGCAGACAUCCAAAUUAAACUUUUUCAGAAAAAUGAUUUCUAAUAUUCAUCUACUGGAACACAUCCAAAGAAGCAACCAUCUUUCUGGGUAGUUGGUUUCAUCAUCAAACAGCUCUUAACUUACUAAAAUUUAUUUUGAAUGUCUUCCUAUAGGUUAAAUCUAUUAUAUUAUUUGUUGCACUCUGAAAUGAGAGAACUGAUUCUAAGUUGUUGUUUUUAUGUGGUGUUCUUUCAGGUAUUUGAAGAGUGCUGUUAUAUCCCUAUUAAGAUGGUUUUUUCCUAAGCCAUCCAUAGUCCUCUGCCAAUCUUUCUCUGAGUCACCUUAUAGAUACAAUAUUUUACUCCAGUCUGAAGGAACCACAUGAUACUCAUGUUCAAGCCAGCACUUUAUCCAUGAAUAUGUCAUCCAGCCUAUACUUAAGUCUAUACAAACUUUGACAAAUGUAUUCUGAAAAGAAAAUAUAUUAUUCUCACUAAUCUGACAUUGAUUUUACCAUUUGUUUUUAGGUGAUAGUACAUUCAGAAGUGUGAAAGCAUAUCAAUUUACUGAGAUUUCUUUUAAACUCCAAUCUUUCAAAAAAUAUCCUACAAUAAAUAAUUUUAGAUACUUAGCAUCAUUGUUUGUCAUACUACACAUCUGUUUCUAUCUUCACAGUACAAAACUAAAUUUCUUCUAUAUUAAAAUAGUAGAAUCUGAACAUAUUUAACAUUCUUUUCUGUUCUGCAAUGUAACUAUUCUUUUUCUUUAGGGUAUUAUACUCCAUUCUUCAAACCCAAACAAACCCUACCUUUACUAUGAACAUAAUAAAUAGUCAUUAAUUGAGCUUUUUAAAGUUUCAAAAGCCCUGCAAAAUGUUUUUCAAUAUCCAAAAUAUUCGCAAUUAUUGAUAAACAAAUCUUGCUCACUAAAAUCUUUCUGCAUGUUAAUCAUAAAACAUAAAAUAGUUUCCCUGAAAUUAGAAAUUGGCUAUCAGUCAAUAAAUAUACUGUCUAUAAGACAAAGAUACAAAAUCUGCCUGAGUAUUAAAUUUCUUCUUUCUUUCUAGUUAUUUAUCUAGUCUUCCCCUUGAUAUCAUCAUGGGGGGAUAGUUCAUAUCAGCAUUUGAUCGCUAGGUUGCAGUGCCUUGGAGUAAAUUCAAACUUAAUGAGAAGUACUUCUAAGUACAACUGUGCUAGUUGUAAUUUUGACCUUGGGUAAAGAAAUUGCAAAAGCACAUAAGCCAAAGCAAAGUUCUUGUGGGUUAAUUUAAAUUGCUGACUUUUGGCCAUUAUAAAGAAUUCCCCAAACAUCUACUAACUGAGAUAAUUAAUUUAUUGCUCAACUACAGUAGAUGAAACAUCACACAGUAAAAGAAGUAAAACUUCACAUUACAUAAAGCUCAGAUAUAUUGUGCAGAAUAUGAACAAUGUGAAUCUCAAGACGAAAUGCUAUGAAUCUACAAUAUGGCUUAUUCCCAUAGAAGCAUACUGUAAAUCCAGAAAAGGUUAAUGUUUGUGUACAAAUUUAUUUCAGAUUAUCAUGAACUUUUCCCAAAUUUUCUGGGGCUUUAAUAUUGCAUUGAUAGCAUAUAAAAAAACCUCUGUUGCUACUCAGUUAUUUCAGAAACAGCUUAAAGUUUUUCACCAGAAUUAGUUCAUACUAAUUAGUUCAUCAGUUGUAUAAGCACUCAAUUGGCAAGAAAUUGUAAUAUAUACAUAUAUACUAAUGCAUAUACACAGUAGUCUUAAAAUGUAUGCUAACCCUCCUUUCCAAUACAAAUAUAUAUUACAAAUUCUGAUGAACAAGGAAUAAGAUUAAAAACAACUAGUUGAAUUAGUUUUAUACCAGCUGUGAAAAGGGUUAAAUAUGCAAUUACAACAUUACUUGUGAUAACAUUCCGUUUACCAACAUCAAGAUGUUUCCAGGUCAAGUCAGCUACUAGUGACUUACAUGGAUACACAUGUAUUUUAAUGUGAUAAACAAGUGGUUUGCCAAUGCCUUCUUUCAAGAUUUUUUUUAACUUCCCAGUAAUACUUCCAAGGUUUCUCUCCUUCGCUUCCUAGAUCAGCCAAGGUCAGCUAGGUGCUGCCAGGAUCUUUUAUUUACAAGAUUGAAAUCCACAGGUAGCAUAGUACCAGUGUAACUGGUCAUAUAUGGUGCUAUUUCCUUAUCUCCUGUGGUUAUAUAAGCACCUCUAGCCCAGUCAUUGCAAAUGCCAAAUUGCUUUAUUUAUUUAAUUGGUAUAAGAAUUAAAUUGUGAUAUUGCAUAUUCAAGUAAAACAUAGCUGCAAUAAGUGAUGACAGAAGUAAUGACUAUUGAACAGUGCCAGAUCUAUAGAAAAAGAAUACAGAAGUAUGUUCUCCAGAAGAUAGUAAAGAAUAUGUCAUUUAUGAAUUGAUCAGAAGGAAUAAUUUCUGUACUGAUCAAGUAGUAUAUGAAGUAAUCUAUUUAUACCGCCAAUUUCUGCAUAUGUGCUAAUAUGUUUUGAGACUAUAUAUUUAACAGUUAUUCUAAAAGGCUCUUAUCUGAACUAUUCAUUUGUGUAUAUUCUCUAAGCCUCAUGAAUAUGCAUAAUAAUUUUUUAUGCAAGUUACAGUCAAAAUAAGUGACAACAUUCCAAAAGCCUAGGGAAGAGCAUUAAUAAACUCUUUACAUAAGGUACGGUGCUUAUUUUGUGCUUAUGUAAGAGAAAAAAAUCUAUGAGAUCUCAAAAGGGACAAUAUUUAGGCUCAUAUUUUGCCAUGAUUAUUCAUUUGGGAUAUUAGUUACAUCUCCAAUUAAAGAAGAACAAUUCAGUACUCAGCUUGGUAGCAACAUUUGCUUCAGUAUAUAUGAACACUAACAUACUAGUCCCAAUUUGCACCCUUUCAGAUGUUGAUCAGUAAAAACAAAACUCUAUCCUGUAUCUAAAUGACAAAUUGGUGGAUAUAAGGGAAGAGUUUGCUGGUGCCAGCACAUUUUGCUGGUGGAUAGUUGGCAGUUGAGCUCACAUGGCUGUAACCUAGAAAGAGAGAAACUUCAAAUGGGUAUGAGCAAAGAGCUACUGCCUCUUUUAAGCGGGGCAGAGUUUGGGGCACAGUAGAAAAAAAAUUUGACUUCAUAACAUGUUCUCUUUUCCCUUCGUAUUGAGCUUAUAUGCUGGAUACAAUCAUUGCACUGCAGCUGGAAGCUUUACAGAAUCUAAAGACUGGGCUGUUUCUUAGAAGGGAAAAUGCAAGCAUCACUCUUGAGUUUGUCUACUUGUGCAACAACUAAGGACAUUGAUUGCAAAUACCAAGAUUUCCAUCUUCCCCAGCCAGCUUGGUAAUUCCACCAGAUCAAUUAUUUUGGAUCUAUUUUUCUUUUUCUUCCUUCUGCUGUAUGAUUUAAAUGAUGGGAGGGAACAGGGAUUAAUGAUCGAGAGCAGGAGUUCCCUUAGCCCCAGAAUUUCUCUGCAUCGUCUACCUCUUCAGGUGAACACACAUGAUGAAGAAGUUUCUGAUUAUGAUGAUGCAGAUACUGCUGCUACUGCAAGGGAUCCAAUCUGCUUUAUUAACCAAACUCCCACUGUCUGAGGAAGCAGCCAAAGGAGCACUAUGUACAGGAUUGCAUCUAUUCUGGUUUGUUUUCUAUCCCUGGCCCCAUAUCAUUGAUGACUAUGAAGACAACAACAAAAAAGGGCAAAUGCAUUUUUUUACAUUUCUUGAUAAUUUUCAAAGCAAUGUAUCAUUGCUUUCUUUAAAUUGAUGCCAAUAUAACAAUUGUAUGGGUCUCAGCCAGCCUCCUGUGUCUUUUUCUGACUUAGAGUUUGAGAUCUUUCUGUGAAAAAAUCAUAUUUAUAUACAAAUAUAAUUUGACAACCCAGAAGAAACUUUUAGGUAAUACAAACUCCACUAGCUGAUCAGUUACUAAGAUAAAGUGAAGUUUCUUCAAUACUUACUUAAAAACAACACACACUAUCCUAUAAAGCCUACGCUUUCUAUAUAUUUGUGUUAAAACAUUACAAUAUGCGUGUGUAUACACAUACGCACACACACAGAAUAUUUUUCAUUAAAGAAGAAUUAUGGAACAAUUGUGGAACUGAACAACUGAGCUCCAUGACUGACUUUAUAUUUCACAAUUAAAAUAAUAUUUUACAAUGUCUAGAAAACAGAUUAUAGUUAUUUAUAUAGGCCUUCAAAAUCCUCUUGCAGAAAAAGAUGAGAUGCUAACAGAAAUGUAUAUAGGGAACUGUUACAAGAAUAGAGAACAUUAACUAUUGAUCUAAUAGGCAUCGCAAGCCAUGGUAACCAAAGGUAUUUAUUGCAUGAAGGGAUGUAACAUAAUCAGAAUUAUAUUUCUGGAAGGUACCUCUAUUAUUAUUUAUUCAAGUGGUGUGGAGAGGUCUAGGAUCAAAAGUAUAUUGGUGCUGCUAUCAUGACUGCUGACUGCCGACAGUCAGCAGUUCAAGUCUGACCGGCUCAAGGUUGACACAGACUUCCAUUCUUCUGAGGUUGGUAAAAUGAGGACCCAGAUUGUUGGGGGC